AUGGGAGCAGAUGGCGGUACAAUUCCAAAGCGUUGCGAGCUUGUAAAAAAGAAGAAGAAGAAGGAGAAAUUGGAUAGGAAUGUAGCGAAUGCGACACGAUGGCGGUUGUGUCGGCUAAGCCAGGAAGCGCUGAAGAGACCGAUUGUAGCAUGCAGAUUGGGAAACUUAUAUAAUAAAGAAGAAGUUCUCAAUGCCAUUUUAUCGAAGAAAAUUGGUGAGUGUGAAGUGGCAAAACACAUCAAAGGUUUGAAGGAUAUCAAGGAGCUGAAGCUAACGGAUAAUAAAGAAUACAAGGAGAGUGGCGCUGACAAGGGAGAUAUCUAUAAAGACCACAAUAUUGCGCCGUUUUGCUGUCCAGUUACUGGGAUUUUAAUGAAUGGCAAUCAUCCCUUCACCGUUAACUGGCUAUGUGGAUGUGUCAUUUCGGAAAAAGCAAUUGAAGAAGUGAAGUCAGAUGUAUGCCAUGGUUGUGGAGGUCCAUUCAGUAAAGAUGACCUUAUUCUACUUAAUCCCCCACAGGAUGUCCUUGAAAUUUAUAAGAAGCUGGAAGAAGAACGACUAAAACGAAAAUUAAGCAAGGCAUCAAGGUCGACAGAGAAAAAGUCAAAUACGAUAUGUAAAAUGGAGGAGAUCGAGUCCACUCAGAAAAAAGAGAUAGUAAGAGAGCAUAAGAGAGAGGCGGCAACGUCGGAUUUUAAAGGGUUGCUCAGAAAAGCGGAGAAACGGAAAUCCGACAAAAUCAGUUCAAUUCAGGAUUCAAAUGCAUCUGCAGCAUACAAGUCACUGUUCACGACAUGCGAAGAAGCAAAACAUAAACCUGAACCACAUUGGAUAACGCACAACCCACUCUUCUAUUAA